AUGGAUGAACGAAAUCAAGAUUCAUUAAGUGAACGUCAAAAGCAAUUGUUUGGAUCAAUUAGAUCUUUUUUGGCUGAAGAAUCAGUGUGGGACAAUGAACCGUUUCAAAAACUCGUAUCAUUAAAACGAGCUAAAGGGAAUAUGAGCGAGCUAGAUUAUGUUGAAAAUACGUUUACGUUUUUGAAAGAAAUGCGUUUAUUACGCAUAUAUGCUAACAAAGAAAGACAAUUAAACUCAUCAAAUUAUUGUCAAUUCAAUAGUUAUAUUGACAGAAUCAUGAAUGAUUGUGAAAUAUUCGAUGCAUUAUAUAAUGAAAUGAAAACAAUGUUAAAUCUACCGGGUUUGGGUAUAACAAAUGAUGAACGUAUUCAAAUUGUGAACGCAUUGAAUUUGAAACAAGGUCACUGGUUCAUUUGUUCAAACGGUCAUCCGUAUGUGAUAGGCGAAUGUGGUGGAGCUAAUCAGCGGAGUCGCUGUCCUGAAUGUAAUUCAGAGAUAGGUGGUGAAAAUCAUCGACUUGUAUCAACAAAUCAACACUUUGGCAUAAUGAAUAAUUCAACAACCGCAGCAUACUCGAAUAAUGCAGGCUUUAAUGCGGCAGACUGGAUUUAA